AUUUCCAUAUCUCUCUUCAAUUUUCUGGUUAUCCAAGAAUCUAUCUUGGAUAGAUAUGAUAAUGUCCUGAAACCCUGCAAAAUCAAGUCCAACCAUCAAAUACCCAUUUCUUAAUCUUCCUUGAAUUGUGUUGGGUGUGUUUGAUUUUGUUGUAUUGCUUUGGGUGUGUAUGUGCUGCUCUGUUUCAGUUUCAUCCUCUGUUCAUGGCUGCGGCGGCUACCACGGUUUCGCAAAUCUUUCAGAGCCAUAAUGGGGAUAACAGCGGCAAUGAGGUCAGCCGGCAGGAGAUACAGGCGGCCAUUGCAAAAGCAGUGGAGCUGAGGGCUCUACAUGCAGCUUUGAGGCAAGGAACUAGUCCUGCUAAUCUCAGAUACCAAUCCUCUGCUUCCCCUGCUUCACGCUCUGUUUCUCAAUUCUCUGCUCAAGAUUACCCUGUUUUUACCCCUACUUAUGAAGAUGAACCAUUACCUGGAUAUCAAAUUCCUGCAAAGCAAAGAGCAUUAUCAGGAAGUUGGGAUGGAUAUGGCAUAGAAGCAGCAAGUGGAAGUGAAACUGUUCUCUCAGAUUACAGGAAGGAGAAUUCAGCAUCAAGGAAACGGUUCCCUCCUCCUGGUUUGUCCACCUUAGAAUCCCAUGUUUGUCCUGUUGAAAAUAAUAGAUCCCCAACUGGUUCUGUCAAAAGCCAAAUUAUUGGUCUCAAAACAUCACCAGGAACAGAAGUGUACAAGUCAAUUAGGAGGAACAGUUUGGGGGACUUCAAGUCAGUUUCAUCCUGUAACAGAUGCAAGCCUGCUGUCAUAACCACUGAAUCUGAAAGUGUCAGGCAUUCUAACACUGUGGUGCCAUUGACAGAUUCUCACUCAUCUAUUCAAUCCAGGCGUAAGAGUCGUGGGGUGAUUUCAUGGCUCUUCCCCCGGUUGAAGAAGAAACAUAAGAAUGAGAAUUCGCCUAUUCCGACAGAAUCCGGGGAAGUUUCACAAUUUUAUAAGGACCUUGGAAUGCUGUCAAUUGAAACAUUGAAGAGGAAGCUAGCAGAAGCAAAUGAGAAUAAGGAUGCCGCCGUAAUGGAAGUUGCUGAGAUGAAAUCUUCAUUAGGAGAGUUAAGGCAGAAGCUGGAGAACCUGGAAGGUUACUGUGAAGAGCUCAAGAAAGCCUUAUACCAAGUAAAUGAUUCUCAAGUCCAUGAAAGGACUGGAAAUUUUCCUAGGAGAGGGAAAUCCAUUGAUGGCAAUGGAGAAAAGUUGAUGCCUUUCAGUGAGGAAGUAAUGAUAGAGGGCUUCUUACAGAUGGUGUCGGAAGCAAGGUUGUCUGUUAAACAGUUCUGCAAGACACUAAUUGGACAGGUUGAAGAGACUGAUAACACCCUAACUGACAAUCUGAAUUUGCUUCUUCAACCAUAUAAACUGACACUGUGUAACUCAAAGCCAGUACUGUACCAUUUGGAAGCCAUCAUAAACCAGUCGCUCUACCAAGAUUUUGAGAAUUGUGUGUUUCAGAAGAACGGCUCCCCAAAGAUCUUGGAUCCAUUACAAGAUCGCCAAGCACAGUUUUCAUCAUUUGUUGCAUUGAGAAAUCUAAGCUGGAAUGAAGUACUAAGGAAGGGGACAAAAUUUUACAGUGAAGAAUUUAGCAAGUUUUGUGAUCAGAAGAUGAGUUUGAUCAUCAGCACACUGAAUUGGACAAGGCCAUGGUCUGAACAGCUGCUUCAAGCUUUCUUUGUUGCUGCCAAGUGCAUAUGGUUGCUCCAUUUGCUUGCAUUUUCGUUCAGUCCUCCAUUGGCAAUUCUAAGGGUGGAAGAGAACAGAAGCUUUGAUUCUCAUUACAUGGAAGACAUGUUCAUGGAUAGGCAAAGGGCACAUGGUCCUAGCCGGGUUAAGAUCAUGGUAAUGCCAGGAUUUUAUGUUCAGGAUAGGGUUAUAAGAUGUAAGGUUCUUUGCAGGUAUAAAUCUGCAACUUAAGUAACUUAGUAUUGAAUUCCGAAGUAUUUUUUUUAAAAGAGUUAUUUUAAUCAAGGGGGAAUAUGUAACUAACAAAAAGAUGUCAAUAAU